AUGAUCUCAACCAAGAGCGAAGAAUCAGGCUCACCGCAGACCCGUAAACAGGCUGUGGCUGAAGCUUCGUCAUCUCGCGUCGUCCCCAAGCCCGUGCCAGAGUCGCAGGCUCAGGAUCCUAGGACAUAUCAGAUCGAGCAGCUGCAGCGACGCUAUUCGCCAAAGGAAGCCACUGCCCCCGACGGUGCAACUUCACUGCUGUUCAGGAUCAAACCCUCGGAUCCUGACUUUCCAUUUGAGUUGGCCGCUCUCGAGUGCGAUCUCCGUGUUCCGCAGGCAUAUCCGGAUGAGAAGCCGGUGCUGCAUGUAAAGAACAAGGACAUCCCCAGAGGCUUCGGUAUCAACAUUGAGAGAGGAUGGGAUGGGCUCGUGGAGAAGAGACCCGACGCUACGUUGCUCGCCCACACGCGAGAGUUGGACAAGAACCUGGAAAAGUUUCUGUCUGAGCAAAAGGCCGAGACAGUCAAGCUCGUGACUUUUAGAGACACAAGGCAUGUGGAUGCACAAAAGGCUCAGACACAGGAGACCACGGAGCCUAAGACGGAGCAGGUCUCUGAGCCAGCUCCGCCAAAACCUACUCCGGCGCCUUAUAGAUACGUUCCAGAACCGUCGUACACAAGGGAGGAAAUCACCGCUGCGAAGGAGCGACGUGCUCUUGAGAUUCGUCAGCUUGAGGCACGUAUGAAGAGGACACCCGAGUAUCGUCGUUCUCCUGACGGUGUCGUGUAUACGCUGCCACUACAGCCGCAGAAGCGUUCGGAGCUUCCACCAGGGCUGCAGUCUGUCAUGAGUCUUCAUCUCAUUAUCCCACUGAUCUACCCCCUGCAAAAUCUCCGUAUUCAGCUCAAUAAUGUCGAGCCCGAAGAUGCAGAGCCGGUGGAGGAUCUAUUCUGCGAAAAAGCAGCUGAGCAGCAGCAUAUGUCUCUCAUGAGUCACCUCAAUUACCUCGCACAAAACAUCCACAGACUGGCCAAGCAGGCACAAGCUCAGGCACCCAAGGUCGAACCAGUCGCCCCGGUGCCCGAGGAACAGCCUCAGGAUUCCAAGGAAGCCGAGCCCAAGUCUGAGAAUAGUCACAUCCAGGUGAUCCCACGACCUCCUGAGUGGAACAACGCCGAUGGAGAUGAAUCCGAAGAGGAGUCCAGCUCUGACGAUACUGACGAUGGCGGCGCUAUCUUGGAGAAUGAGGAAAAGGAACCCCAGGUCCCCAUGCCAGGUGAAACUCCCGAGCGUGGUACCAUGUUGUCGUUCCCUUUGAUUGAGUUGCACGAGAUUGAGAUACUUCAGCUCACCAUCUUGAGUCUGAGUGUCAAGUGCGAGCGAUGCAGAACAGUCAACGAAGUCACGAGUCUGAAGCCUGACGUCGAAAAGACAACCAGCUGCAAGAAAUGUGCUACACCAUUUGCCGUCAAGUAUCGAGCUACUCUAGUUCACGAGAACUCCACAAGGGCUGGAUUCCUUGAUCUUUCUGGAUGUAAAGUGGCAGAUAUGCUUCCCAGCACAUUUGUUCCAACCUGUGAGAGAUGUUCUACCCCAGCUCCUGGACUGGUUUCAGUCCAGGGUUCAUCUGUCACCAAUGUUUGCCGGGACUGCCACGGCCAUUUCACAUUCAAGAUCCCCCAAGUCAAAUUCCUCUUCAUCACUCCUGGUUCUCGGCCCCCACCUACCACAGGUCCACGCCGAAAGCAAGAGAAGCUGGGUCUUCACGCGGGAGAGCAACUCCCCAGCAAGGGCACAUGCUCGCACUACCGAAAGUCCUACCGGUGGUUUCGCUUCUCCUGCUGCAGCCGUGUGCAUCCAUGUGACAAGUGCCAUGACAGCCAGGAAGACCACCUCAACGAAUGGGCCAACCGCAUUGUCUGCGGCUGGUGUAGCCGCGAGCAGAACUACUCUUCAGCGGUUGAGGCUUGUAGAUUCUGCGGUCGGUAUCUAAUAGGUAGAAAGGGCAGAGGGUUCUGGGAGGGCGGAAAGGGUACGAGAGAUAGGAGAAUGAUGAGUCGGAAGGAUCCGAGAAAGUACAAGAGGAUUGGUGGCUCAGCGGCCAAAGAAACGACCUAG